AGAGUCGAGCGAGCGAGAGAGAAAAUGGCGGUUGAGGGUUCUUCGGUAUCAGCGAUUAUGGCGGAAGAGGAGAAUCUCGAUCCUAACACCGCGAACCAUUGCCCUAUCCAGAAGCAUUUGCCGGCGAUUAAGGCUAUCGGCGGCGGCGAAGAAGGUCCGUCGAAGGAGCAAAAGAUCACAUGCGGCGGAAACGGCUAUGUGUGGAAGAAAUCGAAAUCAACCACCGUAAUCGAACAUUCGCACGCCUUGCAGAGUUCUUGGACCUUCUGGUUCGAUAAUCCUUCCUCGAAAUCGAAUCAAGCCGCAUGGGGAAGCUCUUUGAGAACCUUGUACACAUUCGCUACCAUCGAGGAGUUCUGGAGUCUUUACAAUAACAUCCAUCCUCCAACCAAGUGGGUUCACGGGUCGGAUCUCUACUGCUUCAAACAUGAAAUCGAACCCAAGUGGGAAGAUCCUGUAUGUGCUAAUGGAGGAAAGUGGACUAUGAUGCUCCCUAAGGCUACACUGGAAUCCAAUUGGCUUAACACGUUACUUUCGUUAGUUGGUGAGCAAUUUGAGCAUGGAGAUGAGAUUUGCGGGGCAGUUUUGAAUUUCAGAACGAGAGGGGAUAAGAUCUCGCUAUGGACCAAGAACGCUGCUAAUGAGGAAGCUCAGAUAAGCAUUGGGAAACAGUGGAAGGAACGUCUUGGUUGCAAUGAGACAAUCGGAUUCAUCUUUCAUGAGGAUGCAAAGACUCUUGAUCGUAAUGCUAAACCUCGCUAUACCGUAUGAGAUUCAGGGGUUUACUUGUCAGCUUCCCAGUAAAGAAAAAGAAGACUCAAAAGGGAAGUCUUAUGAGAGAACAUAUGACCUUUUAAGUUGCUUCUGUUCUCAAUCUUUCACUGUAACAAGAUGCACAGUUUGUGUUUGAGGUGAUUAGCGUUCCCACUUGCAAACUUGGAAUGGGUUUUAAUCAAAAUGUACAUAUGAUAUUAGUAAUUUUCAGUUUUUUCAUAGUAAUA